GAUAAUAGAGAAAGAAGGAAGAAAAAGCAUUGGACUUUGUUCAUAUAUAUAUAUAUAUAAUAUAUUAAAGAUACAAAUGUAGAUAUGUACAAUUGCUUAGUACCCAAUAGAUAUCAUCAUAUCUUUGGAAUGUCAGGCAAGGUUAUAGCCUAUGUAGGCCUGCAACUUUCUGGUUUAAGAGAAGGACUUUUGAAUCUGGGUUCUUUAUUGCUAUUAAGGCCUAUAAGUGUCUUCUCUUUUUAGACCCCCUGUGUUUGUUUUUGAAAGGUCUGAGAGAGAGAGAGAUAGCUUGAUGGGUUUCUUCCUGUUCCUCGGUACUCUGAAAGGAAUUCAUGGCUGUGACAGCUAUGCUCUGUUCCAGUGCCUUUUGCUUUCCUUGGGCUUUGAAUCUCUCCCUUCUUACUGGGAGUUAUUUCAUCAAGCUUUUGAGAGUUGUUGUUGCUUUUGCUUUUCUCUCAUCAAAGUUGAUGGUAGAGCAGUUGAUGACGACGGAAGAAUUGAGAAGGUGAGAGAAUCAGUUUCGGUAAAUGGCAUCAACUUCUAGUGCCACCAAAACCCCAUUGCCGGUUAAAGAACCAUCUUCAAGCUUUCUUCCAUACCCACCACCCCUUGCAAAACAUGAAGAUGUUGUAGCCAAUCCUAAGCUGUUCAUCUCAACUUUGGAGAAGCUUCAUGCUUCAAUGGGGACCAAGUUCAUGAUACCUAUCAUAGGGGGAAAAGAGCUGGAUCUGCAUCGACUUUUUGUGGAGGUAACUUCUCGUGGAGGUAUUGAGAAGAUUAUUAGAGAUAGAAGAUGGAAAGAAGUGACAGCAGUUUUCAACUUCCCCUCUACAGCUACAAAUGCUUCAUUUGUUCUGCGGAAGUACUAUUUUUCAUUGCUUCGCCACUAUGAACAAAUUUAUUAUUUUAAAGCUCGGGGAUGGAACCCUGCCUGUUCAGAAAUUUUGCAUAGCCCAUCCACAACACCCGGUCUUGGUAAACGGUCAGAAUCAUUCAAGGCAUCACCUGAAAGCCAAGCAACCGGACAUCAGCAAACAAGAACAACUGCUGUAGAAUUCCCUGCAGGUUCAUCCCCAGUAAUCGGUGUCAUUGAUGGAAAGUUUGAAAGUGGGUACCUUGUUACCGUUACCAUUGGCUCAGAGAAACUAAAAGGUGUACUUUACCAGGCUUCACAGAAUGCAUUAUUGCAAAUGUCACAGGGCCUACAUCAGUAUGGUGUAUCCUCUAACAGAAAUGACAAUGCCCCUGCUGCACCUGGUGUUCAUCGUCGCCGCCGGAGGAAGAAGUCAGAGAUAAAAAGGAGAGAUCCUGCUCAUCCAAAGCCUAACAGAAGUGGGUAUAAUUUUUUUUUUGCCGAGCAGCAUGCAAGAUUGAAGCCACUUCACCCGAGGAAAGAUAGAGAGAUAAGUAGGAUGAUUGGUGAGCUAUGGAACAAGCUAAAAGAAUCUGACAAAAAGGUUUACCAGGAUAAAGCUAUUCAAGAUAAGGAAAGAUAUAGAGUAGAAAUGGAGGAUUAUCGAGAAAGAUUGAGAACAGGACAAGUCAUCAGUGAUGCAGUGCCACUGCAACAGCGGUUUCCAGAACCAGAUGUUGGUACUGGUGAUGCAGAUGCAAAGAUCGAUGAAGCUGAGGCUGAGUGUGCUGAUUCUCAAAUUUUUGAUAAUGAGAGUGGUUCUAGCAGAAGCGAAUUCGAAGAUGAUAAAACAGCAGAUAAGGAUUCAGAUGCAGAGGUAUCUCUAGAAGCAGGAGUGGGUGGUCAAUCUAGCCUUGCGGGUAUGGAAAUGUCAACUGAGGAUGGUUUCGAACUAAAGAAGCCGGAAGAGAAUGUUGGAGAUGCAAUUGUUGAGAGAGUUGAUGGUAAAGAGGAAAGUUCUGGCCAUAAAUUAACAGAGACAAACAAAGAAUAAAGUAGAUUAAAAAGGAAGUGUUCUGAAGUGAAGUAGGUUUUAAUUUUCAUUUUUAGUUUUGUAGCUUUUGCUUACUUAAUCAAAGGUUUUUAUUUAUUUA